AUGAGCGAGUUUGAACGUAAGCUGGAGACCGCAAAGCGCAGCAACAGCCGCGCCGAGUACUUGGAUUUGCUUUACUAUAUUCGCAAAGAAAAGCUGCGCAAACCACAGGUUGUUGCAAGCAUCGGAAAGUUACUUGUAGCCGAGCAUCACAGGGGUCUCGGCGAUGAACUAUGGAAUGUGUACGAACAAACAUUCAUCGCUGCAUUGGACCUGCACGACGAUGAACUAGCGACGACGUGCCUUCAGGCGCUACAAACCAAAUUUCCGGGUAGCUCUCGUGUGGCGCGGCUCGAAGGCAUGCAACUGGAGCAGCGCGGAGAAUUUGCCAAAGCCCUAGCGCUGUACGCCGAGCUAUUGGAGGCGAACCCGGCCAAUGCUUUGGUACUGAAGCGUAAAAUUGCAAUCUAUAAGGCGCAGAAGAAGACAACGGAUGUAAUUAUGGCGCUAAAUGAGUUCUUGCGCAGCUUUGGCACGGAUCUAGCGGCCUGGACGGAGUUGGGGGAGACGUACUUAUCGUUAGGCGCGUAUCGCUACGCAGCGUUUUGCUACGAGGAAUUGGUAUUGCUUAACCCAAUGGACGCUAUCGCACACAGCCGUUUAGCUGACAUUUACUCGACUAUUGGCGGCCUGGAAUACUUGCUGACAGCACGCAAGCACUACGCCCACUCGAUUGAGCUGAACAAGAAACAGAAUUUGCGCGCAUUUUUGGCGUUGCUGGUCUGUACCAAAGCCAUUGCAACCCAACGGGGCUAUCGUGCUGACCUGGACGAUGGCGGGAUUAACGAGCGGCUUCGGAAAUUUGCACUAGAGCAUAUUCAAGACUUGUAUACAGCGCAUUCGUCCCCAGACCUUACAGAAAUCGCGCAAGCAGCUAUCCAAGCUCUCUAG